ACAAUGGCUCGAAGGAAAAAAUUGAAUAUUAGGCAUCGAGCAAGUGAUAAUGAAGGAAUGCAGUCUACUCCUACAAAUACCAACUCAACCAAUGUGCGAAGAAUUAUUGUUGCACAAACUCAUUCUGAUCCUAGUCAUACUGAUGGUGUACAUGAGUCUGUAGAGUCUCAUUAUAUUCCUUCUGACAUGGAAGCUGAAGAAGAACAAAUUGAAAAAGAACCUAAACGAACAAGAGGUCCAACAAGAAUGCUAGAUGUAUGGCAAAUGGAAGAUGAUUUCAUAAUUGUUAAUUUGGAUAAACAUGGCCGACCAAUUGGUGAGGAAGCAACAACUUUUACCCGUUUCAUAGGUAGUUUAGUUAGAAGGCAUCAAUAUGCUCCUAUCAAUAUCAGAAAUUGGAAAAAAUGCCAGAAAAAUACGUGUAGAGCAAAUGGAAGUAGUAGAGAGCAAAUUUGA